AUUACAUAAUAGCUUGUACUUGAGAUCGGUUUCCGAUAUUCUCUGCCUAAAAUACUUUUCAAUAGAACGUAGAUAAUGUAAAAUGCGUGGGACUGGAAUCCAAGUCGUUAAUUUGCAUAUAGUUCCUGCUCGUUGUUUUCAUUUGCCUCGGCGACCCAGAUACGAUGCAGUGAGAUUGAAAGCUUGCCUUCAUAUGCGUACUUAGCCCGAUAACAGAGUAUUAAGAUAUAGCAAAAGCAUCUUUUGUUGGUCCCUAAUCUCGGCUUGGCGUCCGCCAUGUAUUUACUCGGGGCCCCUCGCUCAUGGCUUGUCACCGGGUUUAUUUUCAUCGUAUCGUUUCUUCCGCAUACAGGUGCAAUACGUAUUACAUCCAAGCCGGAAAAUAUUACCAAAGUACUGCAAGGGACGUUGAUCUAUAAUGUGAGCUGGUACUGGAACAUUACACCACCGGCUACGAUAUCUAUUCGUGUGGCUGAUAUUCUUGUCAAGGGUGUUAAGAUUGGGGCAUUGAUGGACGGAUCCCCUCCAACUCCAGUAGUUUUCACCGAUUUUAAAUCUCGGUACAGCCUCAGUACAGCGACGUUCAACCCCAUAACACUGAUCAUUAAAGAUGUCCAGCCUCAAGAUGCUGGGGAGUAUGCGAUGAUCUUGGCAGAUAGUGGCGGAAAAAAUACUUUUGAGGCAUCCAAGUUCACCUUGGACGUGCUAGUUCCACCUGGCGUCACUCCAGGAGCUAACGUGACUGUCAACAAGACAGAUAAGGCCGAACUGAGCUGCUCUGCCACAGGGAACCCAACGCCUAACGUGACCUGGACCAGGAGCGGAGGAGCCGAUGUACUGGGGACUGGGGAGACUCUCACUAUUAGCGAUGUCAAGAUAUCGGACGGAGGGUGUUACGUGUGCACCGCUUAUAAUAACAUCGGUAGUGAGGCAAGUGGCACCGUCUGCCUUACCGUGCAAUACGCCCCGAAUGCUACAAUAAGUGUGAAUACCACUUUAGUUUGUCAAGGCGACCACGUGGCAUUGACGUGUACAGCCGACGACUCAUUCCCUCCAGUCAUCGGCUAUCACUUCUACAGGGGUGGCACGCUAAUCGUCACCAGCUCUAACAAUGAAUACACUGCCGCGGCAUCCACAGGACUCCCAGAAUUCAACGAGUUCACGUGUGCGGCAUAUAAUCUUGCCGGUGGCGGACAUAAUGCUUCCGUGACUGUUCAAGCUAAAGUUCCUCCCGCGAUCACCGGAUUCUCCCCGCCCCAGAAUGUAGCUGAGGGAUCCGAAGUAAUGCUGGAGUGUAACGCGACCGGCUCCUCACCCAACAUCACUAUCGAGCGCAACGGAGAAGCUCAGCUGUCAACCACAGGAAAACACACGUUUGCAGCUAUCAGCAGACGCGAGGAAGGCAGUUAUAGAUGCAUCGUGCAUAAUGGCGGAGAAUGUCCUACUGUGUAUAGCACAACCAAUAUCACCGUCAACUACAAACCUGAGAAUACGACCCUCACACCCAGCACCGCCUCAUCCUGCCAGCACGACAUGGUCACCCUGACGUGUGACGCCGCCGCGAAGCCUGUCGCCAGGUACCACAUCUACGUCAACGGCGAGCUGAACACGACCACCACCAACAAUACCCACACAGUGAGGCUUGAGAACACCGGAAGUGUGCAGUUUACCUGUGUUCCCGAGAACGAUGUGGGGACUGGAAAGAAUGCAACUGUCACUAUCAACGUCAAGGCUGCUCCAAGCAUUACGUUCAUAACCGCCAACAUGACGGUCACCGAGGGCUCUCUUUUGAACCUACAAUGCAACACGAGUGGAUCGCUACCGCUGAACGUUUCGUGGAGUAAAGUGGGCGCGGCGGGUGUUCUCGCGUCGAGUGGGAGUCAAGAGUUCAGCUCGAUAACUCGCGCACAGGACGGGACGUACGAGUGCAUGGUACACAAUGGCGACGAGUGCCGAGCAGCGAGUCAACGAGUUACCAUUACUGUCAAUUACAAGCCUGAAAACUGCAGCCUGACCACAAACACCAGCUCUAAUACCUACCUAAAGGGCGACGACGUGAUGUUCUCUUGUCACGCUCACUCCAAGCCUUCAACGUGUAACGCAACGCUCCUCCACGACGGUACUUCCGUCACGUCACUCACUGACCAGACGUGCAGUGGCCUGGUGACCAGUCACGUGGUGCACAAUAUCCAGGGCUGCAAUGCAGAAAGGUACUCGUGCAGGAUGUCGAAUGUGGCGGGACAGUGCGAUGAGUCUAUCACUCUGACCAUCAAUGAUCCAGCUUCGGUUCACGUGACAUCAACUACCCCCAGCGGAGACACCUUCGCUUCAAACAUCACCGUUAUCGAGGGUGAAUCCCUCACCUUGAACUGCACUGCAACAGGGUGCCCAACACCCAACAUCACCUGGACCAAGCAGGGUGUAUCUGCAGCCCUUAGGAGCAACAUCACCACGGAGAUAAUACAUCAGAUCGCGAGUGUGCAGAAGUCUCACGCAGGGCGGUACACGUGCGCCGCUAAUAACGAGAUUGGCGCGGUCUCCAGGACACUCUCAGUAACGGUUCAUUACAAGCCAAUCAACACACAGCUUACUAGCACCAAGACAAGAGCAUGCGUGAAUGAUUCCAUAACGCUGAACUGUACGUCAGAGGCUCAACCUGCCGUUUACGAGUAUCUGUUCUAUCGUAAUGGCGUCCACCAUCAGACAAGUGCUUCCGGUGUACUGCACCUAAACCCACCGCUGGCCGGGGAUCACGUGUACACAUGUGUGCCCAAUAAUACCGUGGGGACUGGGGUGAACAAAACCGUACAGAUCGCAGUGAAAGCUGCUCCCAGCAUUACGUUCAUAAACGCCAACAUGACGGUCACCGAGGGCUCUCUUGUGAACCUACAAUGCAACACGAGUGGGUCGCUACCGCUGAACGUGUCUUGGAGUAAAGUGGGCGCGGCGGGUGUUCUCUCUUCGAGUGGGAGUCACGAGUUCAGCUCGAUAACUCGCACACAGGACGGGACGUACAAGUGCAUGGUACACAAUGGCGACGAGUGCCCAGCAGCGAGUCAACGAGUUACUAUUACUGUAAAUUACAAGCCAAUCAACACACAGCUUGCUACCACCAAGACGAGCGCAUGCGUGAAUGACUCCAUAACGCUGAACUGUACGUCAGAGGCUCAACCUGCCGUUCACGAGUAUCUGUUCUAUCGUAAUGGCGUCCACCAUCAGACAAGUGCUUCCGGUGUACUGCACCUAAACCCACCGCUGGCCGGGGAUCACGUGUACACAUGUGUGCCCAAUAAUACCGUGGGGACUGGGGUGAACAAAACCGUACAGAUCGCAGUGAAAGCUGCUCCCAGCAUUACGUUCAUAACCGCCAACAUGACGGUCACCGAGGGCUCUCUUGUGAACCUACAAUGCAACACGAGUGGGUCCCUACCGCUGAACGUGUCGUGGAGUAAAGUGGGCGCGGCGGGUGCUCUCUCGUCGAGUGGGAGUCACGAGUUCAGCUCGAUAACUCGCGCACAGGACGGGACGUACGAGUGCAUGGUACACAAUGGCGACGAGUGCCGAGCAGCGAGUCAACGAGUUACUAUCACUGUCAAUUAUAAACCAGAGGCUACACAGUUCUCUCUGAAUACAUCGGAUGGAGCUUAUCUAAAAGGAGAGCCCGUCUCUCUUUACUGUAACUCAUCCGCUAAACCCGCACUCUGCCACGUGGUCUUCCGGAAAAAUGACGUCAUCAUCAAGAACUACACGAGCGACACGUGCUCAGCCAGUCACGUGAUCAGUAGUGUGGAAGGCUGUGACAGGGAGAGUUUUUCGUGCCAGGCUUUCAACAUUGCGGGGACUGGGGACGAGGUGUUUUACAAUGCUACUAUCCAAGAUGCCCCAGCAAUUAUAAGCGUGAUGUCCCAGACCCCUCAAGGACCAAAGGCAGCCUCGUCUAUCGCGUUACCAGAAGGCGAGACACUAACGCUGAACUGUACCGCUUCUGGCUGCCCCGCCCCCAACAUCACGUGGUACAAGCAUGAUAGUGCUAGUUAUCUGUCAACGGUGAUAGGACGGGAGCUUGUACAUCAGUUCCCAAGUCUGAAGAAGACGGACAAGGGAAGAUAUGUGUGUACUGUGGGAGCCGAGAAUAAGACCAUUACCCUGGAUGUGCAAUACAAGCCAAUCAACACACAGCUUACUAGCACCAAGACAAGAGCAUGCGUGAAUGACUCCAUAACGCUAAACUGUACGUCCGAGGCUCAACCUGCUGUUCACGAGUAUCUGUUCCAUCGUAAUGGCGUCCACCAUCAGACAAGUGCUUCCGGUGUACUGCACCUAAACCCACCGCUGGCCGGGGAUCACGUGUACACAUGUGUGCCCAAUAAUACCGUGGGGACUGGGGUGAACAAAACCGUACAUAUCACAGUGAAAGCUGCUCCCAGCAUUACUUUCAUAACCGCCAACAUGACGGUCACCGAGGGCUCUCUUGUGAACCUACAAUGCAACACGAGUGGGUCCCUACCGCUGAACGUGUCGUGGAGUAAAGUGGGCGCGGCGGGUGCUCCCUCGUCGAGUGGGAGUCACGAGCUCAGCUCGAUAACUCGUGCACAGGAAGGGACGUACGAGUGUAUGGUACGAAAUGGCGACGAGUGCGCAGCAGCGAGUCAACGAGUUACUAUCACUCUCAAUUACAAGCCUCACGGGACAAAACUGUCGGCGUCAACUGCCAGAACGUGCGCAAAUGAGACCAUGACACUGAACUGCACAGGCUUAGCUAGUCCGCCCGUCCACGUGUACCACUUGUAUCGUAACGGCGACGUGGUAGACGAGAGCGCAACGGGGAUGUUUGUGAUUAGCCCAACCCUAGCAGGAGAUAACGCCUACACGUGCGUCCCUAAUAACACUCUGGGUACAGGCCAGAACAGCUCGGUGCAUAUAACCACCACAGCACCACCAAGGAUUCACGGGAUAACUUCAGACCUUACUGUCACAGAAGGCUCAAAUGUUGCGUUACAAUGUAACGCAACAGGCAGCGAGCCUCUUAACGUGACAUGGCGAAGCACGAAUGGGGCUUUUCUUUCGUCUGGCGUGACACUAAACCUGAAUAUUUUAUCGCGUAAUGACGAGGGGUCUUAUCAAUGCUCUGCUAGCAAUGGCAAUGAGUGCCCUGUAGCAGAAGAGAGCGUGUUUGUGACCGUCAUUUAUAAACCUGAAAACACAUCAAUCACGGCUUCCAAGAGAAUGGCUUGUGUGAACGACUCAGUAACCCUGACGUGCUCAAGCACGGCCAAGCCAGCCGCUGAUAGGUACAUAUAUUAUCGCGGCGACUCACUGAUUCAUAAUGGCACCAGCGGAACGCACACCUUCACCCUGUCCGCACACGGGACCCACGAGUACGCAUGCGUAGCCAGCAAUACCGCUGGCACUGGGGAUAACAGUAGCGUGGUCAUAACUGUGCAAGACCCUCCUACUAUAACACACCCUCCAAGUGACGUCACAGUUGCCAGAGGCAGCGCCGCCUCGCUAUCAUGCAAUGCGAGCGGCACGCCACCCCUGAACAUCUCGUGGAGCAGGCCAGGCAGCUCGUUCUACUAUGAGGGGGCGGUGCUUACGAUCGACUCAGCCGCCACACAGGAUGAUGGUGUCUACCGGUGUGUGGUGCAUAAUGGAGCUCACUGCGCAUCCCGGUCUGCUUCUGCCACGCUGAACGUCAACUACAAACCCAGUAUUACCUCUCUGUCAAACACCACCGUUAUAGCGGGUGACAUACUCAGAUUGUACUGCAACACAUCAGGCAAACCACAGGCGAACAUCACGUGGUCUGGACCAAGCGGAGCCGGCAACCUACCGAGCGGGAACCCUUUGGUUCUCACCUCUGUCAUCAAAGAGCAUGCUGGGAAGUACCUGUGUAAUGCUAGUAAUAGCAUGGGUUGGGCCGUGGAGUCGGCACACGUAGAUGUCCAGUAUCCUCCUACUAUAGUUACGACACCCAAGAACACGACAGCCUAUCUUGGAGGGAAUGUAACGCUGUACUGCAAUGCGUCUUCUCAUCCCGCGCCGCAGAUUUACUGGGCAAAGAACGGUAUACACAUUGCUAUGGGCGAGGUGUUGAGAGUGGCUGUCAGUAGCAGUACUGCUGGAACCUACACGUGUACGGCAUCUAACGGAGAUGGAGCUAAUGCUACUGCAUCUGCAAGCGUUACUGUAGAAUCGUCAUGCCAAUCGAACAGUUGCAAAAAUGGUGGCACGUGCGUCAGCAGAGGGCGGACGUUUGAGUGCACUUGCACUUCAGAUUAUACUGGAAGCACAUGUGAGACAGAGCUAUCUACGCCUAUGCCUACCUCUCCACCCAAUAUAGUGUAUGAGGCUGAAGUCAGUGUGAGAUGUAAAGACGAGCUAUACGUAGCUGAAUUGAAAAACAAGGACUCUCCACAGUUCAAAGACCUUGAGAAGAGGUUCCUUGAACAAAGCUAUAGAAUCUGGAUUAUAGAGAAAAACUUUUUGAGAUGCUCUGUGAAGUCAUUCAACAACGGUAGCGUCAUUGUCAACUUUAUAGUGUCGUUUAACGAGACGAAGAGUGAGGAGGCUGUUUUACAGCGCAUGCAGACUACGGUCUCAAGCGGGUACUAUGGCACCUUCAAGGUGGACCCAGACUCCGUCAAGGUCACCUCCGUCACGACUCUGUGCAGCUCAAGCCCCUGCAAGUAUGAAGACAGCACGUGCGUCGUCCACGGGAAUGGGUACAAGUGUGAGUGCUCCACCUUCAGAUACGGCACGCACUGUGAGAAAGGUGUCGGUGUCCUUCCUGGAAUAGUCAUCAUCGCCGCUUGUGGUGCUGUUAUCUUUGUUCUGCUCGUACUUCUCAUUUGGUGCUGCUGCUGUUCCAGGCGCUCUUCAUAUCCCAAAGAUCUAGAGCAGGAUGGGACGAACCUGAAUACAUUCAGCACCAAUGACCACCCAAACUCACGGGUAAACCGAGGCGCCGAUCAUGUGGUCCGUAACGGUGCUGCUAAUCCAUCGGGGACAUUUAAACCGGAUGGCACUGAAGAUGACUCUGAGCUGAUGUAUGCAGACAUAGACUUUAGUAAUGCAAAGAACAAAGACAACAAUAAGAUUCCUUCUACCGAUGACAAAACACUAUACGCAGAUAUCACUAGCUUUGAUAAGAAGGGUAACACGUUGAAAAACGGAGAUGCACCAACCAACGGUCAAUCAACGAACCGUCAAACCUCUUCGACCAACUGCCAAACCUCAUCAGCAAACGGCAAAACACCAUCGGCUAACGGCAAAACACCAUCGAGCAUCGGUCAACCAACAUUAGUCAAUGAUGUUGAACAAUCGGUCAGCGAAAACGUCCAGGGCGAUCAUGAGCAGGCGCAUACGAAUCCCGUCGCAGACGACACAGAUGGAGCGGCCACUACAGGCCUUGUCCCGAAGAUCGCUUAUCCAACGAAGACUACCAAAGUUGACUUGUACAAUAUUGUAUGAAAGAAAGGCAGUAGAAUAACAGGGUUUUUAACAAUUGACUUCCCUAUGCACCUGGGAGACUUUAGCAUCCGAAGGAGCACGCACUCAAGUCUUUUUGUUAUUCGCACAUCUUAUGCAUCGCGUAUAAUAUUUCUCCUACGGAGGACUAACGGUCGUAGCGUCAGCGAAACCACGCCUACACAAAAUCCUCUUAGAAAUGCGCACAGCAUAAAACUCCAACCUUUGCUACAGAAUACCAGGUGAUCUUCUGACUUGUCGAGUCAUGUGUUAUGACCAUACCACUGUAAUUCAGUAUCACCUGCGAUAGUGGUAGUUGAAAUAAACUAUUAGACCUUUUAGACCCUAUUAGACCUUUUUUACAGAAUACCAUGUGAUCUUCUGACGUGUCGAGUAUUGGCCCUUCGUCGGCGCACUUCAACCUGGUGUUGAUUUAUUUGCCUUGUUUCCACCACGCCUACACAGACCACCAAGUAUUUUUACUGGUUGCCUGUAGUCUGGAGUUCGCCUGUAGUUUUACCGUGAUUUAGUAAUAGAGAAACAAGGAAGGCUUUCAGAAGCGCUGCGUUCAGACUUCAAACUCUGAAAUCUUUCACUGGUAACGGAUUUUCCCCGUUUGAAAGGUAUAUUCUUUUAGGAUAUGGAGAUCUCGAUCUAGGGAUACCUUGAUGUUGAUUUGGGUUGAUGAAGACAUAGUUUUUUUUAAAAUCUUGUUUUGAUUGGAGUAGAAGUGUUUAACGACUGACUGGAAUUUUUUUUAAUAUUCAAAAUUUCUAAGAAGCCUUUUCAGACACACGUCGCAUUUUUUAUUCCGAUGUUUCAAACCAUACGGCAGGGGCGGAUCUAGGGUUUGGCCGAGGGGGCCCAGGCCCCCCUAUUUUAAGACAUUUGGCUUAAAAAUAACAAGAAAUACAAGGGAAUCCACAAAAGGACAAUGAAUCCGGGCCCCCAUUUCUUGAAACCCUUGCUUCGGCAGCAUCUUUCUAGAGCUCCUUGAUCCGCUCCUGAUACGGUAUACUUUAUAAAAUACGGAUUGCUUCUGAAAAGAACUAGCCGCCAUUUUUUUAAACCGAAAUAUUUUAACGGGCAUCGUGCAUGUUAAAAAAGUCACCACUCAACUCCAUCCAGAAGUGAAUGAAACAAACGCUUCUAUAAAAAAAAAAUAUUUUUAAUGUAUAAUAAACAUUGUGCAACAAUAUUACUACUCGCCAAAAAUGUCAAUACAUUGAAACUUGUAACAUAGUGUAGGGUCUUAGGCCUACGUCACUAAUCAAUUUGUGCAAUAAACAAACAUUAUGAUAAA